AUGAUUCAUGGUGGAGGGGGGUUUGAUAGCAUUGUGGGAUACUUUGGCGGAACAGAGAGCAGCCAUGUGGUGAGGGUGGGCUGUGCCCUGAGGGACGACCAGCUGGUGCUGUACCAGACAGACAGAGAAGAUGAGCUGGUCCCGCUCAAGCGCCCAGUGUUCUGUCCCAUCACCCAUCUGUCGCCCGAGGCCGCUGCCUCCCUCCCAACGGACACCGCCAACAGGGGUGUGGACGUGGGCGUGGCCGUCGUCCUGGAGACCACAGACCAGCACGUCCUGCUGACCCGCAGGGCCCGACACAUGAGAACCUUCCCCAGGGUGUGGGUACCGCCGGGCGGGCACAUAGAGCAGGGGGAAACACUGCUGGAGGCCGGCAGGCGGGAACUGCAGGAGGAGACUGGACUUCACCUUCCCAAGUGUCGCGGAGACGUCCUUGGGCUGUGGGAGUCAGUGUUCCCCCCCAUGCUGAACCUGGGCCUGCCCAAACGCCAUCACAUCGUGGUGUACGUACACCUGCUCGCCCAGCAGUCUCAGGCGGUACUGCAGGACAGACUGGAGCUGCAGGCUUCUGAGGUGGACGGGGCAGCCUGGCUGGACAGGAGCCUGGUGGAGGCUAUUGUUGCAUCAGAUCAGGAGGAGGAGGGUGUCACGUGUUCAAGUCCAUCGAUACCAAAGACCUUCAAGUGA